AAUGGCAUCAGCUUUCCCUAAAUUACCAGGUUUUGUUCCCACUUAAGAAAUAGAUGUAACAUAUACAUAAUAUUAACUAGAAACCAAACUUUAGAAAAGUCUCAUCAACUAAACAAGAAUAAAAUAGAGAAAUCAAUCAUUUAUCUAAUAAAGAAUAUGCUGUACCUCGUAAAUAACCAAUUCAAAUACCACCAUAAACAGGAAUGUUCAAUCCUGAUUAUAUGAGUACAACUCAUGCAAUGCAUCUACCUAAAGUAAAAUAACAGUUACAUCAUAGAAUUCCAACAAUGAUUCAGAAGAAUUAUAUUAACCUAGUUGGGUUAAAAUGGAUAGACAUGUUCUAAGAUUCAGUGGUUACUUUAAAGAAGCAGUAGUUGAAUCUGCACUUGAAAAUUAUCGUAUUCGCAAGAUUACAAUCUUUUAUUAUCUUGAAGACCAUUCACUUAGUAUAACUGAACCUAAAUAAGAAAAUAGUGGUGUUCCAUAAGGAGCAUUUCUUAAAAGAUAAAAAGUAUACUAUCUUAUAUAUAUUAGGUAUUAAGAGCAGAUAAUUCAAAGACUUUUAUACUCCCUGAAGAUUUCAGAAUCAACUAAGAUAUCAUCAUCUUUGGUAAGACUAUUCGUCUAUAUGAUUGUGAUUAAUACACUAGAGAGUUCUAUGAAGUAUAACUUAAAUUCUAUAUCUCUAGUUAUAAGGAAUACCAUAAGAAUAAUCAUUUGUACCAUAAUAAGAUUCUUUUGAAACUAAAACUACAACUAAAUUCAUUCCUCAAAAAGAUACUGUAAUGAAAGAUUACUUAGAACAUAAGUUAGGAGGGGGUAAAGUUACUUCUUAAAAGUAAUUCUUAGAAAAUGAUAGAAAGGUAUCACAUUAACAUAAAAUUAUUAGGUCCUUAAAUUUUAUGUAUUUUCAGAUAUUGAUUAUAUUCUUCACUACUAUUUGGCUGAUGACACUAUCGAAAUCAAAGAAAUCAAUUCAGCAAAUUCAGGAAGAGUUCCAUUCCCUAUGAUGUUGAGAAGGUAAAAAUUACCAAGAAAAUUCUCACUAAAUUAACCUGGAUAAACAUAUGCUGAGGAUUUCAUUAGACCAUAAGAUAUUUAAUAUGGAUAACCUCUUAUUAUCUAUAAUCGCAAAGUUCUCAUCAAUGGAUGUGAUCAAUUUACAAGAUAAUAUUAUUAAGAAAAAUUCAAUGUCGAUUUCCCUUUAGGCGGUCAAGAAGAAUAUGUUCAUUAAGAAAGAUCAAGUAUUUUAUUAUAUAUAUAUAUAUAAUUUAGAUAUUAUAAUCCCACCUCAUAAUGGAAUUGGUGAUGAACAAGAUUCUCUUGGAUAUAUUUAUAGAUUAUAGCCUAAACCUCCCAAGAAGGAUUUCUUCAAAUGGGUUGAUAACCAAGUCAAUCUCAGAUUCUUGGCUAUGUUCAAUACUACUAAACCUGAAGAUAAGGACAGAGUCUUUGUUAUCACAUUCUUUUUAAAUGACGAUAGUCUUUUGAUCUAUGAACCUACUGUUAGAAAUUCAGGUAUCUUUAAAUAUAUAUAAUUUAGGUAUUCCUGAUGGUAAAUUCUUGGAAAAAAGAAAGUAUAAGAAUGUGAAUAAUAAUAAUGAAUUUUUUACUCCAGGAGAUUUAAUUGUAGGUAAUGAAGUUUAAAUAAAUGGAUGGAAAUUUUAAUUAUUGGAUUGUGAUGAAUUCACUAAAAAAUGGUAUUCUGAGAACUUUAAAUGAAC